AUGCCAUCCCUAGAUCCCGCGCUAUUUAAUCAGAAUCCUCGUUCAUUUAACAAUGGCAAUCAGGGUCGUGGUGGUGGCAGCGGUGCACGUGGGAAUUUACGAUCACAAAAUCUACCACCUCGAUUCCGUCACAACUCCUACAAGGGUGGUCCACCAGGGGGUCUAAAUGGAGGACCGUCGAAAAUGUGUCCCCCACCACCACCUCCCUUUCCUCCACCGUCACCUUCGCAACCGACAGCCUUCUCCACACAAAAGUGGCCCUCAAAUAGGGACAGGAGUGCUCCCUGGGUUAGGGGAAACAUCAUCAGUAGUCGAAGUCCCGGGGAGACAUUCUCGGCUAAAGGUGGGGAGGUGCCAAAGUCUACUCCAGACGCCGAUUGUCCCUUCAUUAACGCCGAUGAAGAUGACGAUGAUGGUUAUAUUGAUGACAAUCCUCUGGACGAUAUUGAUCAAUUCACCCUCAAAAUCGAUAUGGAUGGUGGAUUCAUUGUUCACGAUGCAACUAUCUGUGAUCCCAUCUUAUCAAAACCGAUUAGCUCUUGGAUCGAUGAAGUGGCAAACGAACUCAGUGGCGGUGAUGUAGAAACAAAGGGCCCUGCAUCCAAACUGAAUGCCUCCCGUAAUCAUCAGGAGAAUUUCAAGUCUGGAAAGGAUGGAUUUGAUUUGGAUGGAUACAUUUUCUCAAACUCAUCUCUUACAACCUCAGCUGUUUCAACAUUGUCCAGUCUAGAUUGUCGAUCAUUUAAUAAUGAUAUCUAUACUCGCCCUAUCCCACGAUCCUAUAGUGCUGACCAGCUCGAUAAGUUCUCCAAGCCGCGACGCACAGGGUACUUCAAGAAGGAGUCCGAUUACUUCCAAGUUGCCUGGGAAACAUAG